AAGUACCCGGAUGAGUGACAGGAAGAGCUGCGCAGACGUGCAGCAGAAACAAACACACAUCAGCCGACAGUCAAGAGCGCGGUUGCCUGUUCAUCCGAAUUUAACCACCUGCCCUAUCGAUCCCGUCGUUGAGUGGCUGCGAGGCCUGCAGGGGUUCGAGUGGAUCUUCAUGCUCUCGGUCAGCGGGAUCUCAUGGAUGACGGACAGUGGCAGAGCGACGGCCCAGUGAGGCGGGGAGGAGUAGCUGACCCCGACCUCCUAAACGACUCUGACUCCAGCCGCAGCCCGGACGAGAACCAGAACCGACUAGUGGAGGAAGCGGAGGAGGUCGAACAAGGGCCCUGUGGUGGACAGAGACCCCUCCGGCAGGAUAAUACUAACAACAACGGUGAUGACGAAGAUUAUGACUGCUCCAAGGUGGAGGACGAAGAAGAUGAGGAGGAGGAGGAGGAGGAAGAGGUGGAUAGUAACAGUGGGGAAUACUCUCCAGAGCUGGAUGGACAUAUUCGAGACUCACCAACACCCAGCCCCAGCCCCACAGUGUCAGUGGGUCUUGUGAGCCCUGAAGGGACGCCUCGUGGCGAUGCUGGAUCACCCCAGGGCUUCGCUCGCUCCCUGGUGGUAUCUCUGCAGGAGCUGAAGGAGCAGGGAGACCACCCUCUUCUGCCACAGUGCCUCCAUCAGAUUGCAGAGUCAUAUAUGCGUGAGGAGGACUAUGAGAGAGCAGUCAGGUUCAUACAGUUGGAGAGACUCUAUCACGAACGUCUGCUGUCCAACCUCGCCGCCCUACAGCAGCAGUGGGAGAGGAGACAGAGUUUGGUUGGCCAGUGUCAGGAUGGUCGAGAAGACAGAGACACUGACCUGGAUGCUGAACACCUGGAGAAAGUGAGACACAUCUGCAGAACGCACAGACAACCUGCAUGGAGCGUUGAGAAGUGCGAGCGGUCCAAAGUGCAAAGGAACAGUGUGAUCAGAGAAACACAGGGAGGAGAGCAAAACCUCAACACGCAGGAGCUUUCAUGCAGCUCAGGGAAGGUUAUGGAGGAUCAGAGUACAUCUGAGGCACAACAGGAAGUCAUCCAGCAUGAAGAUUGUAGCAGCUCCGCCCCACAAUCCCACCAGAGCGAACAGCAGCAUGACCCCUCCUCCUCCUCGGCUGUGACGGACAGCUCCUCCUCUCCAGCCUGUGAGGAUGCAGGAGCAGAAGAGGAAAGCGUAAGCGUGGCAGCUUCCCACAGGGAUGCAUCACCAGAGCCCCAGUCACCAAUGGACACCGCUCUAUCAGGCAACGUGGAGGCCCAGCCGGUGAUGGAGGGAACGGGGGACACUGUGGAUACGGGGCAGGAUGUGGUGGAGUCCAUCCCUCACGCUAAGCAGGAAGAUGGAGGGGAGGUAGAGGAGGCUUUGAAGCUGGAGGAAGGAGGAGCAGAUCAGUUGCCUCUGGAGCAGGAAGCUCCUGAGAAAACAGCAGAGUUGGAGCUAGAGGAGAACGGGAACGGGAACGGGGUGGAGUUGCUGGACAUUAUGAAUGUGUCCAUGCUGGAUGACAUGGCCAAACGCAUACAGGUGGAAGAGAUCACUCCAGCUGCUGGUCUUGUGUCUAUCUUGAAGAGAAGAGUCUCUCUGGAAGGAGCCAACAGCUCUGUCCCUGCCGCCCCUAAACCCGUCUCUAAACGCAAAGUCCGUUUCCGAGAGCCUGACGAGGGCCUGGACCACGAUGAGGUGGGCGGAGACUCCUGGCUGCUCCUCCUCUUGUUGUGCUUGGCUACCGUGGUGAUCAGUGUGGGCGGGACUGCGCUCUACUGCACUUUCGGAGACGCCCAAUCCAGUGUGUGCACAGACUUUUCCCAUAACAUGGACUUCUACAUCGGACGGGUGCAGAGGGGCGUGGAUGAGCUCAAACACUGGCUGUCCCCGAGCUCAUAGCAGGACGGGACGACUCGUUUUCUUCUCCGUUUCUUCUUCUCGGUAGCCUCCGUGAUCUUUAAUGCUGAGAUAUCCUCCUACGUAGGCCUUUGCUGGGUCCCGCUGUCACAGAUGAAGCCCAAACGAGCCCGUCUGUCAGGUCCUAAAGGGGAUGUCCGGCCCCUGGAAGCCACAGCAAACCACUUUGGCCAGUUUUUGACUCAAGUAGCCCACUGUUUACUGCCAUCAACUGAACCUCAAGUGAAGAGACUUUAUUUUUAGAGUCUUAAAUCGAAAUCUUAAUACUUGGUUGACAGACUUUUGUCUUUUAUUCAAUGGAAAAGUGAAUGAUCAUCAUGGUACUUAAGAUAUAAUAAUGAACAUAAUCAUCUGUAGCCUGGACGUAGCAUUUUCCUGUGAUGGACUUUGAUGGAUUUAAGGAAAGAUGUUUAUAGGUACAGCAAAGCAAUACAUGUAUAUUGAGGAAUUACAGAUAUAGAUAUAGAUAUAGAUAUAUAGAUAAAGUCAGCAAAGAGGCAAAUCUCGGUUAUCAUGGUUACCCAUUUAUUAAUACGGGUGGGGGAUUAUUUUCCAGUAGAUUCUGCAAUAUUUUGAUCAUUAAUAAAAAGUUAAAUCACUGAAGAUAAUCAAUAUAUUUUCUUUCAAAUAAAUCUGAUACAUUACAUACAGUUGACAGUGUCAUACACCAUCCAUCAGACUGAAUUUCCUUUGUAUGUUUUAAUUAUUAUUAUUUUAUGUAAUUAUUAUUAUUAUUAUCAUUACUGAAUUACUGGAAAAAAUGAUGAUAAUUUUAUGACUAAUAAAUAUCUAAAUUUAUCAUUUUAAAGUACAAGUAAAACAGCUGUGUGUAUUUUAUAUAUAUAUAUAUAUAUAUAUAUGAUAAUAUUUAUAUAAAUUGCACACAAUUUAAUAUAGUGAUUUUGUUUUUGUUUUUGUUUUUUUUUUUUGUAAAUUAGCCAAAUCUAUUAAAUAUGUCAUUUUCCACAUAGAAAUGAAUUGGUAACUAUGCUAACCAGGAUUUGUUUUCCCCUAAACCAGGCCUCCAGUGUAUAACCGUAUUUAGCAAUGGGAAGUUUUUAAGAUGAAAGUGGUACUAGAACGAGAAUGUCAUAUGAUUUUAAUAUAAUUUGCUCAGGCAUGUCUCUUGUUAAUAAUCUUAACAGUUAUUGUAAUCAUGAUUUUUCUUUUUGUUAUAAAACCAUGACCUCCUGUGUUAAAUAAGUCACAUUUAUUCUUAUUUGGUUAUUGUUAUCAUAAGUGCACCCUGUGUUUAUUCUACCGAAUCGGUGUCUUGAACUUCUUUUACGUUUCCUUCUGAAGCACAGUCUUACUAUGGUAAUGUCAACAUAAGUCUGCAGUAAAUGAAGUUAACGUGUAGAUUUAACACAUAGAUGUCAGUUUGCUGUGCUCUGCUCAAGUGCAUGAACGUACUUGGCGAGAACUGUAAAAGUUUAUUUUGUGUUCUCUGUUUUUUAUUUGUAUGUUGUCUGGCUGGUUCAGAUGACCGUUGAAUGUCUUUAUUGUGUGAGUUUUCAGUAUUUAUUUAAUGCAAAGCGAAGUCUUUUAGAAUCACACGUUCUGGUGCAUGCACUCUUUUACUGUCUGUACAGAGACAAUUUGAGACUUUGGAACGUAUAUUUGUUUUACUUCAUUUUGAUUUUGUGUAUAUAUCAUGUGAUGAUUGCUGUAUUUCUUAAUUGUAUGGUUCAAAUCUCUUUAGUAAUUGUCUCGGGGGGAAAUUUCUAAAGGAAAAUGCAAUGAGAUGUCUUUGACCAAAAAUGCCUGGUGAAUAAAUCUUAUUGUUGGGA